AUGGCUACUCCUCCAGGUCCUGCCUCGCCGUCUCUAAAUAUCCUUCCUUCGAACCAGAGUACUGUCAACCAUUCUCGCUCGCCUUCUUUCUCAUCGCCUGUCCUGACCGCUUCACAACCGCAUCCCCAAGAAGUUAGCGUUGGAGCUGGGCCUGGACCGAUAAGACAUCCUCGUCCGUUGACCGCUGCCGAACUUCACCUCGAGCUUGAAAAGGAACAGGAAGCUGUUGUAAACCGUUUAUCUCGCGAGCUGUCACUCCUUCGAGCUGCCCAGAAUGCCUCCGUCGUGUCCAACACUUCAUCAACCUCCGCUGCCAACUCAUCGCAUGAUGUAGCCGAACAGUCUCUCCUCUCAGGCUCAGGCUUCUCCAUCCCAACAGCCCGACACCAUCGAACGUCGUCGACCACGUCUCAGAGCAUGGGCAAUCAACAGUUGUCAUCGUCCUACGAAGCACGGAUCCACGCUCCUCGCCCCUCACAUGCUACCCCUCUCUCGCGGCAGGAUAGUACCGCCUCCCGGAGGAGCCUAACAAAUUCGCCCGGGCCGCAGCACAGCAGUCUCGACCCGUCCAAUUAUUUCCAGCAGCAGCGACUUCCGCCUACGUCGAUCCCACCCAGUUCCGUUGGUGCAACACCGGGAAGUCUCAGCGAGCAACUGAGCCCCGGACUUAUGCCAACUACCAUGCGCUACGAGGAGACGGCAUUUUACAGAAACGAGCUCGAGAACGCCAAGAAGGAGAAUGAUGCCUUGAAGCGAAAGAUUAGAGAGUUAGAGAGACAAGUUCGUCAGCGGAGGGCUAGUGACACAAGUCGGCCCAGGAGCGAGAGUGUCAGUACCACUACCAGCAUGAGCGUGACCCCGGCUGGAGUAAGCGUAGCAGGGCCAAGAGAGGGAUUGCCCAUCCGACCUGGCAGCGAUCGGGAGCGAGGCAUGACGGCACAGAGCAUUGCCAGCGUUGCUAGUGUAGGCGUUGGUGUGCCCGAGGAAGAAUUGAAGGUUGGCGAGAGCGCUGCCAGUGCUGGUGUCGCACAUGGUACGCAAUAG